UGGAAUAGCUCGUUUUAUAUGUGAAAAGCUGCGCACCUUAGUUUAUGUCAGUUGUCAACUAUAGAGUGUAUACAAUCUAUACGUAAAGGGUGGUUGUAUUAGCGAUAUUGAAUAUGACAGAAAUGCUCGCAAAGUUAGGAAUUUAUUUCGAUGACUUGACCAAAAUACGAAUUCUCGAACCGGAAGUAGCCGAACAGACAAAUGAGCUGAAUGAAGAAUGCAAAACUUUUGUGGAAAAAAUAACGGAAUUUCAAAAACUAGUUGAUGGUUUUAUAUCAGUGAUGGAAAAUUUGGCAAAAGAAGUGGAAAGGGAGAAAAUGAAAGCAAUUGGAAUAAGAAAUAUGCUUAAGUCUGUAGCAAAACAGAGGGAGUCUGAGCAGCAACAAUUACAGGCGCUAAUAAUCGAGAAAUCCACAGAACUGGAACGGCUUCGAAUACAGCAUCAGUCAUUACAGAAAACUGAACAAGAGCAAGAAGACAUAAUUGAAAAUCUGGUACUGAAUCACUGAUUUUGAAAUACUU